GGCGUGACGCUGGGCCCCUCAGGUGCGUCAUCUUGCUGAUUCUUGUUUUGUCCCCUGGUCCUGUCCUCCUUCCAGGAUUCUUCGUUAUCUCCCAGCCGUUUCACCUCUAGCGGGGCUUCCCCUUGGUCAGAGUGUUAUCUGUCCUGUGCCGCCUGCUUUUCUAUUUCAGAACCGUGCUUCCCCAAAGUAAAAGUACCAAAAAAGCUAACUUUGAUCUGUCUGCUGCUCAACUACAGGCUCACCUGUCCAACAAGCUUUCGGUCCAGCCCCCGUCAAUCUGGGCUCCAACAAUCCCUUUCGGAAUCGUGCUCUGUCGCCUUCCGCCAGCUCUUUCGCAUCUGCCAGUGGCCAAUCUGAACGCCGAGUCUCUACGAAUCCUUUUGACGACGACACGCUUUCGCCGCAGUCGGCUCCCGUGAUAGGGUCAACCAUGGUCUCCCCAGUCGAGAGACAAGACAUGACGUCCAACACUCGUGAACUCUUUGAGAACCUUUCCGUAAACCCUGCUCCCCAGAACACUGGUUACAGACAAGCUCCCCCGCGCCCGGACAAGCCCGCGCCCAACGGAUACCCGACGAACCGUGGACCUCCGCCGAGGGAACGCCCAGACCGUCGCGACAAAGACCCCUUAGACAUCUUUGCCGAUCCCCCGAAGACGAGCAGUGGCGGAAGAUCGGGGUACAGAGAGCGGAGGCCUCGCCGGAACUCAGAGUCAUCCAUCAUGGAACGAACCCCCAAGCUUGUGGAUACUGAGGACGAGAGACGGCGUCGCGAGCGACGACGCCGGGAGCGGGAGGCUCGCCAUAAAGAUGGAAAGGACAGCAAGGAGUCAAAGGAUGGAAAGCCUCGUUCGUCUAAAAAGUCCAACUACCACAUGGACAUUAUCGAUAAACUGGACGUGACCAGUAUUUAUGGCACUGGAAUGUUCCAUCACGAUGGGCCGUUCGAUGCCUGCAAUCCUAACCGUAACCGCAAGGGCUUGCGUACGGCACCCAUGCAGGCGUUCCCCAAGGACUCUGCCAACAUGGCCCUUGGAGGCGCAGGGCCAGUCAAUGCCAACAUUGAUCUGAACCUGUUCCACGGGACCAUGGACGAAGGCUACAAUGACUAUUCUACCAGCGCCGCGGUGGACCCGCGUAACAACAAGAGCGAGACCGCGAACUUUGAUCCAACCACUCGCAUCGAACCUGUCCAUGGAGCGGAGAGCAUGGGUCUGGGAACUAGCACGUUCCUGGAUGGUGCCCCGGCUAGCCGGGCAGACAUUCAGCGCCGUGGAAGUGGGAACGAGAACGGUGGAGCUGGUCCCAGCGGGGGAGGCUUGCAGCGCAAGAAGAGUUUGGCUCAAAGACUCCGGGGAAUGAACAAGCCCUCAAAUCCCCGAGUGGUCUCUCCCGAGUCCUCAUACACCCCGGGUGUGUCUACCGGCUCUAGUCACAUCGGAACCAUCCGCGCCAAUGAGAAGAAUCCCUUCUUCCAGGAUUAUGAUGAUGCUUGGGACAAGAAGGGGGCCCAGAUCAACAUGUCUGAGGAAUCACGUGGUACCGUAGGUACACGAGCCCGUUCCUCCAGCAGCCCCAAGCAGAAUACCGGGUUGGAGCGGAGGUUCACCAACGAACGGACCAACACUGGACUCGAUGAGGGCAAGCCCAGCGGCGGCGGGUUUAUCAACCGCAUGAAGAGUUUGAGAAAGCCCCGCCCUGAGCGGCGCAUCAGCAACGACUGAGCGACUUGAGUGAUUUUGAUCAACGGUCAUUUCCAACUCCGUUGCUUGUGUUUGACGCAGAUGACGAGGGAAGUGUGGAGAGGUGGAGAACGCUCUGGAAGCAUCCAUCUUGCACUCCCUUUAGUGUCUAUUUCGUAUAGAAGAUAGGCAGAAUGAGGCAUAUGAUGAGAUAAAGCAUCGUGAAUCGCAGGCUAGCGUAAAACGACAUAUGAUAAAAAUAUCGUCUGCAGCGUUACCUUGGGAUUUCCGACGCAUUACUCAACGCUCACCCAGAGCGACUGUUUUAGCGCGCUCUAAAGCGACGUACUCGACUCCAAUACAAAUGGUUUGGCGAGGCGGUGAUGGGAGUGGUUGGUGUUUCUUUGACUGGUAAACCACACGGUGUACGGGACGCGAAAGGACAAGGCGUUGAUGUGAGCAUUACUCUUUGUGUGCAUGGGAAUCGGACCUGUGUUGGGACCGACUGGGCUUUGCUGUUUCGUGCUUCUCUUGUUUGAUGGGGCUGUUUGAAGGCGAUGUGUCUUUCAGCUGAAUACAUACCGUGCUUGUACUGGCCCUCUUGCAUCUAUAUUAUUACUCUAGCCAUAACCGUAAGGCGUAGAUGUAGACCAGCCUACUCAUUUAGCUUUCCCAGAAGAUCCUUUACUCAUCUUCAC